AUCGUCGAAGUUAUUGGAACGUUGAAGAAACUACUCUUCCAUCGUUUCUAGUGUCACUGCAUUCGGCGUAUAUUACUGGCCUGCUCGUGCUUCCCUGUCCAACCGUGGAGUGUGGAUAUCUUGUAGCAUUCACAAUCAUAACCCGGUGCGGUCGCUAUUGUGGCUUGAACCAGCUUUGGCUGCCCCAAAGCAACGUAAACGUCAGCCGCCAUCUUCGCCUUCACUUCACAGUUUCUACGAAUGGUUUGAACGUGCAGAAGACCAAGCUGAGAUAGUUAAUCGAAUUAAAAAUUUAUGACUUUUAUACCUUAAGGUGACAAAAACUGAAGGUUGAGAUCCACAGUUUGAAGCAGAAUAACCAAAAAAAUUAACACUCUAUGCAACUCCAUCGAUGGUCUAAUCACAAAACAGUCAUACAAUAACCGUAGCGGCACUUCCAAAGUGAUUGCUUAAUUGCGUAUAGAUGAACCAACAACCGUGGGUACCGUUGAUUCAGUUUUGCCCGGUGGUUGGCGAACGUGGGCACAAAAAGAAGCAGCCGCAGCAGUAAGAGCCCAGUUUACUCCGUUCAAAGCGAACACUUCACAGUUCUGCGACGGCAAGUGGUUACGGGCGGUGUGCAUCAGUAGGAGGCAAGUGCCAAAACGCCUCACCAGAGACCGUAGCUUUGAUCGGGUGUCUGGUGUGUGUGUGUGUGUAUCUAUGUGCUGGUGGUGAACAAGUUAAAUUUGUACAUCAAACGACAGUGUACGAGUGUUCGUGAAGCUGUCUGGCGAGAAAGAAAAGCAAAACUUUGAAGAGUAGAAACGGAGUAUGUUCGGUUGAGAGUUAAGACCGUGUUAAGCAGAAGAAGCACUGCACAUACCGAGAAAAGAACGUUUGUGCUGUUACUGUUGAUUAAGGCAGAUGAUGAAAACAGAGGAAAAAAUCCCAGCACACAUGGGAAUGCUCUGCUGAUUGUUGGUGUGAAGUAUCAAUGUUUUGUACUUUGGUUUUAUUUUUUUUUUUUUGCAUCACGCCAAGCAGUGUUUCAAGCGUUAAUGUGUAUUAGAAUUACAAAUAAACUGACGUCACACAGCGUCGUGCAUCACCAUAUUUGCUUGCAGAGGACGGAUCCCUAGGGAAUUAGGCUCCCUCUUCAUUGUGGUGUUGUUUUCGCAAACUGUUCUUGCUAUCCGUCCCGUCACUCCACCCCCCUAGAAAAACCGGCGAUUGUGAAAGAUCAACAGCAGCAAAACAGCAAAGGAUUACCCAUUACAAAAUAUUUAUAAUUAUCAUCGCAUAACACACGGCCGGACGGAAACCGAAGAGCUAAAGAGAGAGAGAGAGAGAGAGAGAGAGAGAGAGAGAGACCAACCGAAAGAGUUGCGAACACCGAAGAGCAGACAAACAGCAGUAGCAACAAAAACAAGAAACACUUGACGGAACGCACACAGUGUUUGCGAGUGGAGCCCGAAGCUCGAGGAACAAAGACCGUUCACGCAAACUUCCGCAUGAACCGGUUUCGUGAGAGCGAAUGCUCAAUUCGACUUCCGAGCGCCGGAGCUUCGUGCUUCCGAACGUCGUUCGCUCGCUGUCAGUCGUCCAGGAGUAGUCGAGCGGUUCGCACGUAGUGUCCGCGCCGUUCGUCCAUUUGGUCGCCCUUGGAAUUAAAGAUUGAGCAGUCUUUUUUUAAUUUUUGUACUGUGUUCGUGUAGCCAGUAGGCGGAAUGUAGAAGAAGGCAAAGAAAUACAAAAGUGCUUUUGUGUGCACGUGUUCGCGUCGGUUUCGCUGUGUGGACGAGUAUCGAAAAGAAGACGUGAAAAAUUACUGAAAGAUUUCUGUCCGUGCUUGUGAAACAUCAGCUAGCUACUUAGCCAGUGCGGUUUCGAGCCGUUAUAGUUAAGGCCUUUCCUGGGGAGUCGGAGGAUUUCCCAAAUCACGUUUCCUUCCCAUACUUGCAUUCUUCCCGGGCGGUAUAUGCAAAUGGUGCGUUCUAUUGCGGUCAUGAACGUUUUAAUUGGUCGCUGGGGCAUUUAAGUUUCAGGGAAGAGGAAAAAAACCCAUGUGGAGUGAACCCCGAUAGUUUCAAGUGUUAUCUACGUGGGCAUGAGCCGAUUACGAAAUCAGUAAUUGAAGCCUAGAGUUGCGGAACUGCUGUAGAAUAGAGUCGAUCUGUAACGUUCGGGUUGUGAACUGCUUGAACUGCGGGUUGCAGCUUGAAACUGUCAACUUCACCAAUCCGGUCGCUGUGUACGAACCCUGGGGGUCGAUUUUUCCAUACCAACCGUCUAGUGUGUCGGUGUUUGGAGAGGAAACAAAGGAAAGUUGCCUCCGAAGGAAUAGAAAACGGAACAAGCAAGUCAGCUCUGGCGGCCAAGAAGUGAGAAAAAAAGUUCCACGCGUACAUGCGAACAGUGGUAUACUGUGAGCGAUAAGUGGCAAGUGUUUCCGUAGGUUUGCUCGUGCUGGUGGUACGCGCAGUGUUUCUGUGGUAGCGUUAGUGUUGGUGCAACUGACGGAAAAUCAAGAGCUCACCUGAGGCGCAACGCAGCGAUUGGUUACGAAGAAAGAUUCAGCUAGCAUUGUUUUCCGAUGCUUCAAGUUCGUGAAGAGUGCGCCGAGUUUUGAAUGAAAAGAUGGAAGAAACGGGAAAAUAAGAUGAAUUAUUGUGCAAUUACGACCGGAUGGCGAUAAAUCUCGACUAAAAUGAGAACCACGUAAUCGGCCUGGCCCGGAACCUAAGAGAACACUUCGCGCGUCUGCAGCAAGUUUAGUGAAAUUUUACGACCCCGUCGCUCGAGUUUAACAAAGAUUUGCAGCCAAGCCAAGUUUAAAGCCGAAGUGCAUUACGGCAAAGUGUUUGUUGUGACGAUCAAAAAAGAAAAUCAAAAUGUCUUAUCGCUAUUGGAUUAUUGCUAACAGCCGAAGAGCAGCAGCAGUGGCAGCGGUAGCACUAGUACUACGCCCCGUGCAAUAUGGAUUAAGUAGGUGCUAUUUUUAGUCAUUUGUCGCCGUCGUCGCUGUGAGCGUGUGACCUCAUUCUCGGUCGGCUCUCGACCGUACACUGCACAACUUUUGGAUUACCAACGGGGGUCGUCCCCCUCUUUGUUUUCGAUAGAGCAGCCCGCAGUACCGCUGCGUAACUGCGAUGUUAAAGUGAAUUAUUCCGCAACAAUAUAUAUAAUCAGUAAAACUUUGCCGGUGGUCACGCAGUGGAAUGUUCUUCAAGAUCCGAUCGAAGAGAUAACGAAAGGUGAGUGCCAUCGCAGUUACGAAAUCGACUUGGACGAUGGCAGUAAGCCUGGCGUCGUAUCACUUAAGACAUUCGACCAUCCAGCAUCGUUCAACGAUGAAUAAAUAACCUGAAAUCCCAACACCCGAACAAUUGCAUCAAUAGCAGUAAUCGAAUCGUAGGCAAGAAUCUGCAAAUGAAAGAUGCAAUCGACUCAGCGCGUAGCUUCACCACAAGAUCCGUCGCAGUAUGCGACCGAUCCGCUCGCCAUUGACCAGCCGGCCCUACCAGAAACGUCCUCCGUCGAUACAAUAAACCCGCCAAGCGAUGAAAAGUGCGACAUCGGGCAAAGCCAAUCACCAAACCAUCCGGCGGUUGAUUCUUCGCUACAAUCGCAAUAUCCAAACGAUCAAAUGCCGACACCGCCGUCUCGCAGAUCGUCAACGGAGUUGCCACUAGUUGCCGCUACCACUCCUGGUGAUAGUGCUGACAAUGCGACGGUUAAAGCUGUUUCGACAGAGUCAAAGCCAGAUCCAGUCACGCUGAGUGAUAGCACAACCGAACGCAAUGAUUCCAAAUCGCCGCCGGCAGUGAAUUCCGACUCUGUAACCUCAAACAGCCGACAUAAUGCGGAUGCCUCUAUCCAAAAUGCUCCAGAUGCAGAUACCUCAACGAUUGCUCAACCUGCUGGCUCCGCACAAGAAGCAGAAACCGCGGUGAAUGGGGCUGCAAGUGUGACUCCAAACAGUGACGCGCCUGGAGGCAGCAACAGUAGUACUAGUAAUAAUUGUAAUAGUGUUAGUGGCAGUGCUAGUGUUAACAAUGGUAGUAGUGCAAACUUUAUCAGCGGUGUGAAAAGCUCCGUCACUAGUGAUAAUAGAAUAAAAAUCAACGGAAUCAGUGAUCUUAGCAUACUCGAUGUUACCGAAGGUAACGACGACGAGAUUGAAGUGAAAGUGGAAGGUGGUAGCCUUAUGCACAAGGUGAUAAAGUUCUCCUUGCUCAACGGAAUGCAAGAUAGCACCAAACGGUUGGAGAACAGUCGGCUGAUAAUGAGCGGUGUCAGCAGUACCAACGGUGAGGCAACACUGGCAACUACAUCGUCCCUUAACAGAGGCGCCCUCGGUGGAGGACCUCUAAGACAGGACGAGAAGUCGAAGGAGGAAGGUUUCAAAGGAGGCACACUGGAUAGUAAAAGCACUCCACCUGUGUGUUCCAGUGCCCGACCAGAAUCCGUAGAACCAAGUUCUUCAUUCAGUAACAGCAGCAACAGUAGUGAUAGCAGUAACGUGAAAAUUAGUGAAAACACAGAAGUAAAAUCGAAUCGGACAGAAGAACCUAGUAGUCGAUUGCGACACUCCACUGAGAGUAAAGUGAGCGGCAGUGGUAGCGAAUCUGUACAUGAAGAAAGUGCAAGUGAUACAUACAGUCGGAGUGCUUCGUUGGAUUUUCGGGAAUGGCCCAAAACGUCCAACAGUUCACCGACGGCGCCAUUGGCCGCCUCUUCGAGUGCAACAACCACUUCCGUGAUGCCGGCAGCCAGUACUGCUUCUGCUUCAUUGGAUCUAUCGAAUAUAACUAAGGAGACUGACCAGCAACCAACAAGUGCAGCUAGCCCACCAAUAAAGCGUUCAAAAACUAUGUAUUAUGCGGAGCUGCCAGACUUUAGCAAACCGAUUUUUACGGCUCCCAGUUUGUCAACGACAACACCAACGUCGACAACCUCCAACCGGAAUAGAAACUUUCCUUCUACCAAAAGCCUUAGUCAGUUACAGAUGAAAACCCCGGAUUUUAGUCGCAUUCUACCAGCUUCAAGUAUUCCGCAGUCUAGUUCCAGUAUUCCACCUGCAGCCACAGGCUCGGCCGUUUCGAUAUCAACCACUACCUCGCGAUCGCACGAGCUACAGAUAGCCAACCCAGAUUUCUCUAAGAGUUUCAGCUCCAAGGCAGUUCCACCACCACCGCCACCACGAGUUGCGGAUGAGCGAGCAUCAUUCAUAAAUCAAGCCUCGUUCGCCGAGAUUAGUAAGCAGCGCAACUACAUCAGCGACUUGCAGUUGAAAAAUCCUCCUCGACAAGAAACCUCUAGCCAGCACCAAUCAAGCGUGGUUAAAGGUCCCUCCUCCCAAGUGUCCGGACCUAGUUUAACUAACUAUCGCAUCGAGAAACCUCCUAGUUCGAGGCCUAACCCUCCAAAUCUCUACAGACCGGAGGCUUCUGUGCAAAUGCAACUGGAAGAACCAAAAGCUCACGUUAUACACAAAACAUCGUCGGCAAACCAUCCAGACCCAAACAAGACUUGGAACCCAGCAAUGGAAUAUAAUGCGAAAACAUACCAACCGCCCAGCGAAAAAGAUCGGUACGCUCACCAAUACCCAAGCGCUGUACAUAAGGGUCCUCCACCUUUAACUAGUGAAUCUCCGAUUCACGCGUACUCUGGUUAUGCCCAGUACCCACCUGCAACAAGCAAGAGUAAGGAACUGGUCAUGCCAUCAACCCACGUUACCCAUCCUGGAGGUAUAAUCGUGAACCACGCCAAAACGUACUAUCCUGAACCUCAGCAGACGCUACCCAAGUCGAAGGAACCAGACUUCCGCCUCGAGCACAAGGAAAAACAAUUACGUCAGGAGGGAACAGUAAUAACGCUCAAACCCAACGAAAGCCGAAUGCACGCAAAUCCGUCUCAGUCACCGAACUCACACUAUCAUCCACAACAGUAUAAUCAUCCACCGCGACCUCGUUCACCGUCUGCCGAGCAGCGAGAAGCUCAAAUGAUGGCUUCCACCAAAGAAAUCCUCUAUCGGGACUUCAAACUCAAGCAAUCCUACGAAAUGCCUCCCCAGGUAAGCUCUCGGGUGUCUUCCGGCGGUAGACCUGUGGAUGAUUCAAGAAAUCGACCACCACCACAAGAAGCUGUACCUCGUGAUCGAUCACCUUACGACCCGUAUUACCGUGGCCAAAAUCCGGCGGCAGCACCUCCAUCCAAAUAUUAUCCACCCCCGGAGCACCACAAACAGCAGGUGGUAAGCCCAGCAUCCUCAGCGGCAUCAUCGCCCACACCAAUGCAUGCUCAAAAUCGAAGUCCGGUACCGAUUCCGGGUGCCAAAUUAACCCACCCGGGUGCCCCCAGCGGUAUGCAUCCUCCAUCCGGUUGGCCAAGUCAGAGUCGAAUUAUUCCCAGCCCACACGGAGGUAGUGCAACAUCUUCCCCGCUAUCGGCAUCCACGUCGGUCAGUCCAAAUCAUUUUACACACCAAAAGAACUCUCCCAGUCCUAUAAGUUCCUACGGACUACAGCAGCCAGGGCCGAGUCACAGCUAUAAAUCACCCAGUCCAUCAUCCUCCUCGCCAUCGCCAUACCCUGCUUCUGGUAACUCAGUCACAAAGUAUACUCAGUAUUACCCGGGCGGAAGUGGCGAACGAAUGGUUAGUAUUGAAAUCGACAAAGAGUGCUACAAGCCUGGCUUCAAAAGCUUAGACUACAAUAUGGAGCAGAAAUUUGCUGAAGUCCGCCAGGCCCAUCAGAUGAAGGAGAAGCAAGCGUGUGCUGUCAAACCACCAGGAGGAGGUCAUUCGUACCCACCUGGAAAUAGUGGAGACUAUCCCCCACGACAUCCAACUCAACAUUCUACAUAUAAACCGACCGACCAUAAACCUCAAGACCCGCACUAUGACGAAUAUGGUAGAUCGCGAGCGGUGUCCACGUCGGUAGUUCAUACCCAACCGGCUUCUAGUGCACCAAUCGUUGCAUCACGAUACUCACACAGCCAGGAGAAUCUCAACUAUUACAAUCAAUACCACCAGCAGUAUCCAUUAUCGCGAGUCAAUUCUGAAGGGGAAAUGCGAAAGUCGGAUGUACAUCUUUAUAAACACGCAAGUCGCGAUACUUCACCCGCUCAGCGUUAUCCCCCUGUUGAACCUUCGUAUCAUCCAUCCAAACACCCGGGUUAUCCAUCAGCUCAGUCAAGUUCUUCAAAGAUUGCACACUAUCCGGGAUAUCCUCCGAGUGGCAAUGAAACGAUCAGUUCGUCGCCACAAUACGGCACUCCGUCCGGAAAAAGUUCCUACCCCAGCUCCCCAUACGAGCGAUCUUCCGAAAAGCAACCAUCUGUGAUAAGUAAUGCCUACAGUCAGGAACGCACUGGACCUCGUCCGGCUUACCCUGAACAGAGACCUCAUCCACCUACUGAUCAUUACCCCCCGUCCGGGCAGCAUUAUCCAUCGGUACCUCAAAUGAAAGCAGCCUCUUCACAGGCUUACCCGCCGCAGCAAUAUAAUUCGAGUCACGCUCCAACUCCCACGAUGAGCAAGGAACCUGGUUCGUGGCAACAGUAUCAGCAGUCUCAACAGGUUAUACCACCCCAGGCUGGUCCUUCCGGUGGUUAUCCGACCGAGCGAGCCACGGUGAUGCGAGAUGAACGGCAGAAUCCCGUAAUUCAACCACCAAUCAGUAAAAACAUACCGGUGAAAGUGAUCGCCACCGCAAAUUCUGCUUCAGCUGUGCCUUCGUCUACGACGGUGGCACCUGCGACGAGUACUACCAAACGUGAAUCUCCUUUGGAUUUGUCAGUUAAAACCGUUAAGACAAAGGCCGAUUCAACAGCCAGUGAUGACUAUGCCCACAGCAGCCGCAAUCGAGAAGUUGUUCCGAAAGUGAACUUCAACCCGAAUUUUAAGAUUCACAUACCUAGACACCCGGAACGGCCACCGGCGGCAGCUGGUGGUGCUCAACCGUAUCACCCAGCGAUGUCACGAGAACCCCAGCCAAUACCCCCGAAUCAACAAGUACUGCAACAACCUGCAUCAUCGUCCAAAUCAUCUCCGGCACCAAGUUCUCAGCCAGAACACCAACAGCAAAUGGCAGGAAUCAGUCUUGCGAUACCCCCGGGCUAUGACAAACGUACCGAUGCAUAUAUGUCGGCAAACUAUCGAGCCGUCGGUGGUAACUCUGAAGGUCCUCCAGUCCGAUAUCAGCAGGACAACCGGUAUCCUUCACCCUCAGCGAGACCACCAGCUCAGGUGGAUCAUCGUGAGCAACAUGUUUCCUAUGGAAUGCCACCAGGCCAGUAUCCUCAACGGAUGCCUUCCGGAGUGCCAGGUCCUCCUCAUCAUUCUUAUCAACAAGCUGGUCCCUCAUCUAAACCCGAUCCGUACUAUGCCAACAGCUCCAAGACGACAUCUUCAGCUAGCAGUAGAAGUGUUUAUUACCCUCCGCAUGACAUCGGACGUCCAAACAAACAGCCAGGACUCCCUCAGAAACCACCCACGGCAAAUGAUCCUCGCAUCGAAGAUCGUAAAUUUGUUGAGAGUAUGCUGAAAAAGCAAACCUCUCCUUCAGCCGAGGUUAUAGCUGACCUUCAGGCCGGAAAAUUUUCCACUCGAAUUCCGUCUGUUCUGGCGCCCACUAAGAAGCGUCCCGCCGAAGUUAUACCUAAGACGUCUCCAACCAAGAUGGCCCGAAUCGAAGAAUCCAGCCUGCAUCGACCGUAUGAAAACAACUAUCAACAUCUACCGUACCCGGGUCCAGCUGCUCCUCGAGACUACUAUCCGAUACCGAUCAAACAGGAACCAGCAAGUCCUCAACCGGCGGGAAUUUACUAUGCUGACAAGCGUUCGGAAGCUCCGUCGAUAACACGUGGAGUCCUAACAACUGCACAAACACAUUCGUCCCCUGUAGUUUCGCAACAUUCUGUACUACAGCAAACGAUCCGGCCGGUCGAUCCACAUCUGUCCGUAAUCACCAGCUAUCAACCGAAUAAACCGGAGACCAGUGGCAGGCCGCAAGAAGAGUCUCCCACACACAGAGACUAUCGUCCGCCCUACAGUCACUCGGAUGAUCGCCAGUUUUACCCGAAACCGGAGCCCUUUCGUGACGGCCACGGUGAUUCGGAGUACUACGGAUCAUCGGUAGAGCACUCAUCUUGUACACCAGAACCAAAAAAUCAACAUCCACCGUCAGCAGUGCUGAUGCACUCACACAUUCAGUACGGAGGUGGACAGCAACCUGUACCCUACAAACAUCCCGAAGCCGCCCAAACAAAGUCUCCUCGAGCCGAUUACUAUGCGGCACGUCCCGUGCCGAAUAUUGUGGAAAACCAUCACAGCAGAUCGUAUGAAAAUAUUCCCCGCCUAAUAAGUGACGCACCGAAACACACCUCAUCGCAUUUAUCUCCUAGUCAGGAAUCCACAGGGCAACCACCGGCUCUGGCUUCGCCACAACACCGCGGAGCCGAUCAAUCCGUCAUUUCCAAACUGCGCACCAGCUUGGAACAGAAGGAACGCAUCAAUCAACAACGCAAGCAACCAAGCUCGGAGAUGUCCGAGGAAGACGCAAAACCCCACGACACUAACACUUUACAACCGUCGCAUUUUCGUUCGAAAGGGGCCAUGAAAGCAUAUACACCUAUACCGGCUUUUGACACCCCUAGCACAACAUCGGAACAACAGCAGCCAGCUAGUGAGGUUUCUCGCCAGCAGUCAACAAGUCCGAUCAAACCGGAACCGGUCGAGAUACCAAAAGAACCAAUAGAACCUCCGCCAGACAUUGAAGGCGCUUCUGCCCUGGAUAUGCUCGAUUGGGGAAGUGCCUGCAAUGAAUUUGUUGAACAGUUGCAAACCGGAAAGAAACGAGGCCGCCGGAAACGAGGCAUCGGAGGAACACGUGAACAAGACAGCAACACUGCACCGGCGGAUACAUUUCGCAACGAUUUACCAGGAAUAACUAGCAGUACACUUGCUGAUAUCCCCCAGGAAGUGCUGGAAUCGGCAGCCCAAGAAAUGAUGGGAGAGUUUACUAGCACCAGCGAUGAGGAUAAACCGCUUCAUUUGCUGAAACUAUCCCAGCACACCAAUUCAACCGGUGAAACAAAGGACGAUCCCGGUUUGCUAGCGGUUCGGAAUUCGACCAUGGAAAAAUUAACGGAAAAAAUAGCCCGCAACAUGCGGGAGAAGCAACGCUUAGAACUAGAGCAGAAACACGAAGCCAAACUAGGCCGGUCAAGUAGUUCGGAUAGUGAGUCCGAUACGCGACGGGUGGUGCAGCGUUCGAAAAUGAGAGCACGAAAACUGAGACACCGCUCCAGUGUACCUCUGAAGUCGUCCGACGUGAACACCGACGGUGAGGAUGAGGAAGAGGAGGAAGAAGGGGCAAAAGAUUUGCGCAAGCGGAAGAAAAUGAACAAAACUUCGUCGGACUCCGACAACGGGAGUAAUGCCAAACGAGUGAGCCGCUGUCAGUCCCAAACCAAGCAGGAAAACGAAACGGACAUAAGUUCCGAUGAGGAAGACCCCAAGACGAGGUCACCCCGUUCGAAAGACCGUGCACCAGAGGUGAAAAAAGAAUCGGUGAAGCAAGAUACCCGCUCCGAUAGUGAUGGAAGCGGUAUUAAGCCUAAGGAAAGUGCCAAUGACAAGAAAAAUCGAGAAGCGGAGGCGCACUUUAGUGGGGGGGAAUCGGAACGGAGUGACAAGAACACGAAGAAAGGUUCGAAAAAGCAAACUAAAAGUAGAACGAUAUCGAAAUCGAAAGUUGUGGAAGAAUCUUCUUCAAGCUCCGAAUCGUCGGAGGAAGAGCUGGAGACGAUGACGAGAUCGAAGAGCAAACUUGAGCUAGAGAAGCGAAAGUCUAACAGUAAAGUUCUAAGGAAUGAUAAGAUUGUUGGUAACUUUGUUAACCACCGGAAAAAGUCCGAUAAUGUUACUCCCCAGAAGGGAAAAAAGAAUGCCGUUAAUGUUAAACUAGAAAAUACGAAGAAACGAAUUCUAGACAGCGACUCGGAUUCCAAGUCAGUUGGCACAAAAAAGCGAAUCACAAAAACAUCCAAACUGCAGACAACUUCCGCUUCGGAUAGUUCGGAAGAAAGUGACGCGGAGACUGUGUCGGAGCGUUUGAGGUCUCGGCGGCAAAAGUGCUCCGAGACUUCAGUACCAUCGUCCGCUUCUAAAAGAGGCAACAGCCAGGAAGGCAAAACUCCCGCGAAGCAGUCGACACCAGCAGCGGAGAAGAAAGGUGUCAAAACGGAACCACCGAAAAAGCGCGGACGUCACCCGAAAAAGACUUCGAAGGAUUGUGCCACAGAGAAUACCAGUGAAAAUUUUUACCCAGGCUGGGAGAAGGAGUUUUAUGAGUUCAAGCGAUCACUAAAGGUACCCCCGCAGCUGAUCAUGAUAGGAGGUAAACAAUACGUUCACCGAAUAUCCGCUUCUCUCCCAGAUCUGGACUCACACCACAGUGACGAAUCGGAAACGUUCUCGGAGAUUGUGAGGAAGAUCAACCAGAAGGACACUCCAGGAGCGAAGAAGAUCAAAACUAAGGCAGCAGCCAAGCAGGGGGGUAAAGUAAACAAUCUAAACAAAGAACAGCAAGAUGAGAAAAGAAAGAUCGAGGGCAACAAGAAGUUUUCAUCGAUCAUAGAAAUGCUACACGAAAGAAUGUUGCGGCAUGUCAAGCAAGGAAAGACGAGAAAGCAUAAAUCUAGCAACGACAAGGAAACGCCGAAACCUAAGCCGGAGUUCGAACUGCUUCCGACGCCUGGCGCGGAAAGUGAAGCUUUGUUCAACCGCAAGAAGAAAUCGUUGUUUGAUACUGCAAUUCUGAAGUCCCGAACGCGCACCGAACAGAAAGUGAUGCAAAGCAAGGAAAUUAUUCGGGAGGUUUUUGGUGGGGAUGACCAACGGCCACAAUCUGCACCACCACUCGGGUGCGCUCAGGAGCUGAGGAACCUAACCUACGAUGAAAUGUACAAUGAAAUGCUGACCAAGAGUAACAAUGUGGCAACCUUUCUAGCACAGAAGAAAGCUCAGAAUGAAAAACUGCGAACAUCUUCGGCUGGCCAGACGGCGGGAUCUUCAUCGAAGAUCAAACUUGAAGAGCUGGAUGAUGAGACGCAGGACAGUGUCCUGCUGAAGGAGCUGGAAAAGGCUACCGAGGAUGGAGACACACCCUCGGUCGUUUCCGAACGGGAUCUCGCUACGCCGGUUUCGUUUCCAGGCGUCGGUAAGAAAAAGGCACAUAAAAGUCGACGAAAGGGGAGUUCGGGGUUCGAUUAUAUCCGCAAAAAGAAAAAACCCGUACCGACAAGCGUUGGUGAAAGUAGCACUCCGGUCGUACCGAAGAAAAAGAUGAUUUCGGCGUACGAGAAUCUGGAAUCCAAAGACGAGUCGCACAUCAACAAGGAGAUUCGCAGCUGGGUGCUGAAUAAGGGAGUUGGUGAGAGUGUUAUGCACAAGGCAGCUCGUCUUGGAUAUUCGGAUGUGAUUGUUUAUUGUUUGGAGCGCUUGGAAAUGGAUCCCGAUUUGAAGGACAACGCGGGUUACACUCCACUGCACGAGGCCUGCGCUAAAGGACACCUGGACAUCUGCAAUUAUCUGCUGCAGUAUGGUGCUAGUCACUCGGAAGCUGCCCCUUCCGGGGUUCGACCACUUCACGAAGCCGUCGAAAAUUCCUUCAUCGAAGUUGUCCGUCUUCUGCUGGCUUUCGGAGCGGAUCCACUGCUUGCGACAUACGCCGGCCAAACUCCAAUUCAGCUGGCGGAGAACAACGAAAUGGCACUGUUUUUGAAGAACCACUUGUUCGAUAUUCAAAGUAUGAGUUCUACAAAAACAGGAUGGAAAAUAGAUGGACCCUGGAAGGUUCACGAUGCCGAGGACAGUGGUUGCGAUAUUUUCGCAGACAUUCCGGGAUUCGACGAGGACGAUAAUGUGCACAACAGCUCGGCCACGACUGAACGCUCGUCGAUGAGUAAUUUCACCGGAUCGGAUACAGCGGAGAGCAGACCUGCCAAGCUGCCACCUCCGCCUCCGCCACCACCACAGGAUAUAUCAGCACAGGGACCUCAGCUUACGUCCAAAAAGUGCGAUUCUAAUUCCAACAUCAUGAAUUUCGACGUCAAGCUUGAACCGGAAUCUAUUUACGAGCAAAAGUACAAGGACUGCGCUGUAGUGCUUAAUGAUAUUCAAGAGCUCACCGCAGGGCAAAUGGCAUCGGCGACUGGCACGCCGCCCUCCUAUAUGAACGGACAAUUGCAGCGGACAGAGUGCGACCAGGAUGCGAAAAAGCACAACGGAACGGGUAAAUUUGACGACAGUGAGGAUGACGGGGAGUUUCUGUUCGAAUACGAAGAAGCCGAUCGGCCGCUGCCGCCACUGUAUCUACUGAAGGACGAAUCGGGGGCGGACAAGUGGAUGAUGAUGACAGAUCUGUGCAACUUUUUGAAGCUUAAAUCUAGGGAGGCGGUGAUGAAACAGAUCUGUUCGAGUACAAGCCCAACCGCCACCAACAACACAACCAGUAACAGCACCAGCAAUGGCAACGGCUGUCGGGACCUCAUCCGGGAGCUGAAGAUAGAGGACUUCCUGACUCGGGCGACCUGCCUGCAGCUGCUGUGCGCUGGCGAAAAGCUCAACAUCAACUCAAACAAGGUGGUACUGGUGAAGUACACCGAAAACGUACGCAAUUUACUGCAGGUGAAAACGUUGGUGACCAAGAUCUAGGUGCGGAGAAACUGACUGACUCAGGGGCCGCUCUGGUAGGGGCCCAAAUUGCCCGGAUAAACGAACAAAAGAAUAUGCCUUAUUGUAGAUGAGAAACGAGAUAGAUGGGAAUAGUAUUUGUAAGCGCAUAAGGAAACCAGAAAAGACUUGACCAGUUAGAUGAUGUUUGAUCACGGAACAAAUCUUGCUCAGGAUAAGAUUAAGACACGAAGUAAUGAAUUAAGUUUGUCAGCAGCUGCUUCUUCGUCUUACGUACCGAGUAGCGAACUUGACUUUUUGUUUUGUGUACAGUGGUAUUGUCGCAUGCGACAGGGGCCAUCCACAUACCACGUGGACAGCUUUG